CUGUUAAAAGGUGUUCGGCAAGAUUUUGAUGAGCCAGGUGUAUCAUAUGCGAACUUCAAGCACGAACAGUUUUCCUACUUAAACAUCACAAGAAUCGAUUCAAAACUUGUCCAAAAGGACACCGAGUGUGGAUUGGCUUGUUUACAAGUCACUUCAUGUUCUUCUUUUAACCUGGCUACAUUUCCUGAUAUCAACGGAAAACUGUUGUGUGAACUUCUACCUUCUGACAAGCACAGGAUGCCCAAUGAAUUGAUUCACAAUCCGAUGUUUGAUCAUUUCAGUAAAACGGUGAGUGUAGUUUGAAUCGAAAAACACUCUAGUAACAUCACAAUUAUCGUAAAUGAAGAUAAACCUUUUCAAGAGUUUUAGCAAAUUCAGAGAUUAGAGCAAGAAAAUUAUUUUGAAAAGACAUUAUUUCGUGUGAUCGGCAGUCACAUGACUAAGCUUCAUAAAAGAUGGGUAUGUGAAACAGUUCUGAUCAUUGUAGAUUAAGGAGUAUACGACGUGAACAUGGCCGAUAUAUUUGUGAAGUUUGCAGACUUUAAUAAAUCCAAAUUGUAUUUAGGGACCAAACAACGGCUGCAAUCAAGGAGACUAUCUACAACUGCUUGUGCCUGGUCUCCUUGAUCACAGCUGUUGUUUGGUCCUCGUCAAGCAACGCGUUCAAUAGUUGGAGGGGGCGAGAGCGCGUUGCAUGUGGGGACCCAACUCUUACACGUAUGUAAGAAUAAUUCCUUGGUUAACUUGGCACGUAUGUUAAGUUCACUACGUCGCCUCUGAAUGUUCUUAUUCUUGUGGUAAUGAGCCCAAAAGGUCUUGAAAAUAAGUAAUGUUUUGAUUAUUGUCAAAACGCAUUUUUAUCUGGGAUGAUAAAGUUAACUUUCUCCUGUUUUGUGGAAACAGAGUCCCUGCAUCAACGAUCCUUGCAUAAACAAAGGAAAAUGUGUUGCCAAAUUCAAAGAUGGCGAUUAUUACUGCAGUUGGUGUCCUCGAUUUUACAACGGAAAAGGCUGCAAAACAGGUAUCGUAAUAAGAAAUUCACGCUUUUUCUGUCCCUUUCUUUCUUAUUCGUUACAAUUCCCUUAAUUUCCAUCUCUUUCGUUCACAGUUGAACACAGUUCAACCCCGUGUUAUUACCCUCUAAUUGCCUACAAAGGGUUCCAAUUUCAGAACAAGCUGAUAUAGAUGUGGGAAACAGUGAUAAGAGGCCCGAAAAAAGUUUAGACUCCCUGGUUGUAGCCUUCAUAGGCCUUUUUCCUAUAUGCCUUAGUAGAUGUUGCUGAUUCUUCUUCAUCAAAGUGCCACAAUACAUGCAUCUUGUAUUUCAAUAUUUCACUCUGACGAAGGGGCAUUGAAUGUUCACUCGCCGAUGCUAAGCUUGCGGUUAAAAGCGCAUUAACGUACGGUGACCCAUUUUCUCACCUCAUCGGUGUAAAAUAUACGUUCUGGCAUGAAAAUCAGAAAGUGAAAUUUCUCUUUCCUUACAUAAAGAUUAAUAAUUACUUCGAUUCAAUUAAUAAUCAGGCCCCUUUGUUGGAAAGAAUUGCUUGGACAUCAAGGAGCGAAGUCUCUCACAAGGAGAUGGCAUGUACUGGUUAGACCCGGAUGGAGGAAGCCAUUCCAAUGCAUUCCUGGCCUACUGCGACAUGACGUCACACAAUGGAGGAUGGACCAUGUGUUACACUACCGAUGAAUAUAUCAGACCUAAGACUGAGGUCACAUACAGCGCCUCUUUUCCUUAUGGAACUGUGGGCUACAGAAGUAACUGUAACAAUAUCCAAGUAAGU